ACUUCAAAGGUCAUAUUAGGCGGAGCAAGUUUAAAAUAGCGCAUUGUCAGUCAUCAUGUCAACUCAAAGUGAUUUAUGCGAUUUGGACGGGGUUGCUGCAUCAGAAUUGUUCAAACGAGAGCUUGGACUGACGUUUAGCGACGUAAUCAUUCUACCAGGAUUUGUUGGGUUUGGAAAACAUGAAGUUGACAUUACCAGCAAGAUAUGCAAACGAUUUUCUCUGAGGGUUCCUUUUGCAUCAUCUCCUAUGGAUACAGUUACUGAAGCAAAAAUGGCCAUAGCAAUGAGUCUUUGUGGCUCAAUAGGCUUUGUUCACAACAACUGUUCCAUUGAGGCUCAAGCUAGUGAAGUAAAGAAGGUCAAGAAAUAUAACCAAGGUUUCAUCUUGUCUCCAGUCGUUGUUUCACCAAGGCAACCCGUUUAUGAUAUCAUUGAAAUAAAGAGAAAAUACGGGUUCGGUGGGAUCCCUGUAACUGAGGAUGGUAAUAUGGGGAGUCGCUUGGUCGGUUUAGUCACUCUUCGUGAUGUGGAUUUCUUGGACCCGAAUGACUUCAACACACCUGUUGAAAAAGUAAUGACACCAUUUGAUGAUCUUGUUACAGCGUUCUCCGGUGUGACAUUGUCUGAAGCAAAUGAUCUUCUGCGAAAGAGCAAAAAAGGUAAAUUACCAAUUAUUAACGAAAAUCGUGAAUUGGUGGCAUUAAUUGCACGAACUGACUUAAAAAAGAAUCAAGAUCAUCCACUCGCAUCUAAAGAUUCCGAAAAUCAGUUAAUUGUUGGUGCAGCUAUUUCAACACAAGAGCGUGAUUUUGAUCGUGUCGAUGCUUUGGUUAACGCUGGAGUCGAUAUUAUUGUUAUAGAUUCUUCUCAAGGUAAUAGCAUCUAUCAACUAGAUAUGAUAAAGCGCGUAAAAUCUGUAUUCCCAGAUUUACAAAUAAUUGGAGGAAAUGUUGUUACCUGUGCACAAGCGAAAAAUUUAAUUGAUGCUGGUGUGGAUGGGUUACGCGUUGGAAUGGGCAGUGGAUCAAUUUGUAUUACUCAAGAAGUGACUGCUGUUGGUAGAUCACAAGCUAAAGCUGUUUAUAAAGUAUCUGAAUAUGCUCAUAAGUAUGAUGUGCCUGUGAUAGCAGAUGGUGGUAUUCAAAAUGCCGGUCAUAUUGUUAAAGCUUUGAGUUUUGGUGCAUCCGCAGUUAUGAUGGGUGGACUUUUAGCUGGUACAACGGAGUCAGCUGGAGAAUAUAUAUUUUCUGAUGGCGUGAAAUUGAAAAAAUACCGAGGUAUGGGGAGUUUAGAAGCGAUGUCUCAGCAUACAGAAAGUCAAGCGAGAUAUUUCAGUGAAUCAGAUCGUAUUAAAGUUGCGCAAGGUGUUUCUGGAACAAUUAUUGAUAGAGGUUCAGUUCAUCAGUUGGUUCCGUAUUUAGUAGCUGGUGUUAAACAUGGAUUACAACAAGUUGGUGCUAGAAAUAUAACAGAAUUACACAAUAUGUCGAGAAAUGGAACGUUACGCUUUGAACAUCGAAGUUCAUCAGCGCAACUGGAAGGUGGUGUACACAGUUUAUAUUCGUACAAUAAAAAUCUUUAUUAGUGAUAAAUUAACAACAAAUCACCCACCUUUCGAUUAUUGUUAUUUUGUAUACGCGAUCUUUUUCAUUAGUCCUUCAUUGUUUUCAACACUUCCGCUAUAUAUUGUUUCAAUAUCUAUUGUCUAUUAAGAAAAAGAUCUUUAUUAUUAUUGCAUCUUGUUUGUAUGGUUGGCAAUUGUAAAUCUAUUUGUAUGUGAGUAUAAAUCUUAUUGACUACUCAAUUCACUUGGUCUCUUAUAUAUUCUUUUAGAGUAUUUUAUUUUGAUUAGUUCCUGAUUGUUUAGUUUUGAUUAUCUGUAAUUUUGAAUGGAAUAAAAACAUUACUUUAUGACGUAAUUGUUUUUCUUCCCUUAUGAAAUGCUCAAUACCAACUGGUGUUCAUUAAUUUUAUUGAAACUUACGGUAUCCUAAAUCUGAUACCGAUACACGGUGUGCUAAACGCCAAUCUCCCAAUUAACUACUUGAGCGAGAAACUGUAUUGGACUACCGAAUAGAAUGCACAAAUAUUCAUUCUUAUAUUAAUUGAUUCAUUUCUCAGUCAACGAAAUGCAUUUGAACUUUAGGUCACUUCUGAUUACC